AUGGACGACUGGACGUCCAAGCAGCUCCCUGAGCGCCUGCCCUUCUCCAAGAAGCGCCUCUCCAAGAAAGUCAUUUUCUCGUAUAUCGGUGAUUAUCUCAUAAUCAUCGUUUUGAUGCUUACCUUUGCCAUUGUCGACAAGAUCCCCCCCUUCCACCAGCACUUCUCGCUCGACAACUACACCCUCCACUACCCCUUCGCCACCAAAGAGCGCGUGCCCGUCAUAUGGCUAUGUGUCUACGUCAUCCUCGCCCCCGCUGUCAUCAUUGGCAUAUACACUAUGGUCAUCGAUGGUCUGUUCUCGCAUCAGGCCGCUACGCCUGCCAAUCGCACCGGACUCAAGCGUCUUUCGGGAAGAUACAGGUUCAAGGAUAGGCUGUGGGAGCUGAACUGCGGUAUACUUGGGCUGGCCCUGAGUGUUGGCGCUGCUUUUACAAUCACUGGAGCUUUGAAGAAUGCUAUUGGAAAGCCACGGCCGGACCUCAUUAGCCGGUGUCUUGUGGACCAAGCCAAGAUUAACACGGAGCGCUACGCCCUUCAGACCAUUGACAUUUGCACCCAAAAGGACAACUACAUUCUGCAAGAUGGCUUCAAGAGCUUCCCCUCUGGACACAGCAGCGUUUCCUUUGCCGGCCUGUUCUAUCUCUCCAUUUACCUUGCCGGCAAACUCCACGUUUUGGACGCCAAGGGUGAGGUUUGGAGAACGUUCAUUGUCAUGGUCCCCGCACUCGGCGCUGCCCUCAUUACCGGAACCCGCAUCAUGGACGCCCGCCACCACCCCUUCGAUGUCAUUUCAGGCGCCCUGCUUGGCAUACUCGUAGCAUGGGGCUCCUACCGACAAUACUUCCCUCCUGUUUCUGAGACCUGGCGCAAGGGACGCGCAUAUCCUAUUCGUGCCUGGGGCAAAGCAUCACGCGCACCACCACCACCACCACCACACGCACCAAUGAUGAUGGAUGACGACGUGCAGACGUUAAGAGAUAUCAACAAGCCAGUAGACGAAGAGCGUGGGGAAGCAUCGGGGUAUUCUGCCGCAGCCGUGGUUCCUCCAGACGCUGAUGUUGGAGGAAAUGUAUUUCGCCAACAAAUUCAUAAUUCUCAGCGAAGACGACAGGAAUCGGGAUCUCAGUAUGGCGUAAACCGAAGUGACACGGGCGCAUCGAGUAAUUACCGAACCGAAACCAUGACAUCCGGUAUCUCCUCCAAGGUCAACAGGUACACCAAUCAACUGCCCUCUACCAAUCCUUUCGCCGCGGAUGUCGCACGCCAACGCCGGAUGGACACUUAUGAUUACUCGUCUUCGGAAGAGGACGAAAACUACGAGCUUCAAUCUAGGACCGGCGUCUACAACCCAGUAUCUGGUAGACUUACGGAUACAGGAUACCAUCCACCUGCCGGUAUCUCGCCUGUUCCUACACCACCACCUCCUCCACAUAAUGCCAUUAUACAAAACCAACAGCCCAUGUCUCAAACGGGAGACCUGUCUGAUCGAAGGGAUAUUACGCCUGUGCCUCCACAUGCUAUAAACAUGCCCCAGCAAAUAUGA